AUGCCGACUGUGCCCCAAGCAGUGAAACGCUACACAAUCCGAUUCAUUUCGUUAACGUUUUUAUUGUUGAGCAUAACGUACUUUGCUUUUCUAAAUGGAUUUUAUGGAAACGUCACGAUUUUCGAACUUUCGGAGAUUUGUGGAUUCGUUUUUUCGACAUCAUCUCUUCUGCCAUGUUUCUAUUUGGGAUUGGACGACGAGCCGAAGAAUUUGCUUCGUUUGUUUAAACGUUUUCUUUCGGUUAAUUAUUCCGAAAUCAUUUACAGUUUCAAAAUUAAAAAAAUGCGUCUCGAAAAUCACACUCAUAUUCGCCAUAUUAUGCUCUACCACUACGAGAAAGAAUGGACCGCAGCCCAGUCAUUUCGCGAUCUCAACGAACUGUCUCCACAUGUUGAGCGCCGUGUAAUCGAAUUCAUCGCCAAUAAGGGAUGGGAUCUGCUCCCACAUCCGCCGUACUCACCGACAGAAGCACCAACGGACUAUCAUGUCAACCGCUCUUUGAAAAACUGGCAAACAAACAAAGUCUACGACGACUUGGAUGACUUGGUGGCUGAUGUCAAAGCGUGGAUUGCCUCCAAGAAUCGUGACUUCUUCGCACGUGGAAUCGACCGACUGCCAAGCAAAUGGGAAGCAGUUCUUGAAGUGGAUGGUGACUAUGCUCUCGAA